CUAAAGUGUUGCGCAAUAUUGGAGGAAAAGUUGAUUGAUUAUUGUGCUUGAUUAUCCAAGUACUAGUUUGACAAAUAUGCAUUGGGCAUCAAAAUGAUAUCCCGAAUAAUUUUAAAACAUAUGGUUCAGAGGUUCAAGAGUUUUACUCCUGAGUUCAGGCUCACGAGUGGGAUUGUUACUGUCAUUAUAGUAUCAUUUGUUUUGUUUACUGUCACUACAUAUUUCGGUUUAUCAGAGGAUGUCUUCAGUCUUGGAACGACAGUUUUUGGCAAUGGGCAUGUGCACAAGCUCAUCACAUACUCCUUCCACCACAAGACAGUGACCCAGCUACUCCUCAGUAUUGGGGUUCUGGUGCCCCUCUGUGGAGGCAUUGAGAAGAGUGUGGGCACUGUUCGGUUCCUCCUCAUGUUUCUGCUGCUCUCUAUCAGCACAGGGGUGUUGUACACCAUACUGGGUCUGCUACUGUUUGGUGCAUCUGCCCAGAACCAGGUGGAGGGGUUCAUUCCAGUGUCCCUCUCCCUUAUGGGUAUGGCCACAGUGCACUCCCGUAUGGUUAAGGGCUUUCUUUUCGGGGUCACUGUACCCAUGUUAGCCCUGCCCUGGCUGUUUCUGUUCAUCAUAACACUUUUGGUCCCACACACUGUCUUCCUUUGCAAUGCCAUCGCCAUCAUCGCAGGGGGGAUCUACGGAAAGGGCUGGCUCUCACUUCUGGACAUGUCCGAUGCCAGGGCAUCAGUGCUGGACAAGAAGAUGCCUUUCAGGCUGCUGAGGAACAUUGGUGUCCUGUAUGUCCCUGCAUCAACAGAGGAGAGAAGGAAGACGGUCCACCCACCAAUCAUUCCAACCCCAGGCUCCUACCCAGUCCAAGCCUACGCUCCAGUGUCCUUUACCUCCAACCUACAGGCUACCGAGACCACACCAAAGACAUUUGAAGGCUGGGCCCACUCCUACUAUACACAGGGGAGCCCUGUUCAGCUCUCAGGUUAUUACGGACACAACCAUGGAUAUGGCCUCAAGCAUAGCUUUGGGCCAAGUCACGGACAUAGUCACGAACAUGGACACAGCUGCAGCCACAGCCAAGGUCAUGGACAUAGUCACGAACACAGCUUCGGCCAUGGACUCAGUCAUGGGCAUGCAUCUGCCUCUCAAACCAGCAGUCACUGGGCUCCAGUGGCUCAACAUCCACAUUCUCAACAUUCCCACCUUAGUCCACUGUCUGUGUCUGUCAGUGCCCCCCAGAGUUUCACAGCAAAAAUGCCGGAGUCACUGCCAGAAUCUGUGAUGGUUCACCCAGGAGCACCUGUGUCUUCACUGACAGACUGAUGACUUCAAUCCGUAACGG